GAUAUUUAGAAAAGUCCUCUAAGACAAUACCAUGUGAACUUGUAUAUGCUCUUGUCUCCUAUAGUAUACUCUUCUACUCCAAUCAUUCAACUAGCCAAUGGUUUCUCAAUUUUCUUUUAUCUAUAUAUGCAAGCAUUUAGAACCAACGCAAAUCAUUCACAUCCAAGACAUUCCAAUUUCAAAAACUUGGUUCUUGCUUACAAUUCUUUUUUAAAAUAAUUUUUUCUCAUCAAAUUACACAUACAACAAUGGGUUUUCGUUUCACUAGUAUCAUCAGAAGGUCAUCCGUAGCUGCUAUACAAGCAGCAUCAAAAUCUGUAGAAGUGAAAAAGGGCUAUGUUGCGGUGUAUGUUGGAGAGAAACAAAAGCGGUUUGUAGUGCCUGUAUCAUACUUGAACCAACCUUCAUUUCAAGACUUGUUGAGUCAAGCUGAGGAAGAGUUUGGAUAUGAUCAUCCUACGGGUGGCCUCACCAUUCCUUGCACCGAAUAUGUCUUCCAUCAUGUAACUUCUUGCUUGAAAGGACUAUGAAUCUUACACUGUAGCAUACUGACAUAGACUAGAUUAGUUGACACAUUUUUUGUUUAUAUUAGGCAUCUUUUUGACAUGUAAUUAAUUAUUACCCUUUUCAUGGGAAAUGGAGAAAUAUUGCUAUCAGAUUAACAAAUUCAAAAAAUUAUUGUCCUCUUUUUUCUUGUGUAGUGAAAGUGAGCAGUAACUUUAUCAGUUACAAUUUGAA